AUGGGACUAAUCUUUCACAAGAUUUCCAGAGAUAAGCUGAGGCCAGGAGAUCACAUCUACUCAUGGCGUGCUGCCUACAUCUAUGCCCAUCACGGGAUAUACAUAGGCGAUGGGAAAGUCAUACAUUUUACUCGUCGACAUGGUACGGGAACUUUCUUGGACAAGAUCUUCCUAAGUUCAAAUCCUCCCAAACAGUGUCUUAGUUGCGGAGACCAGUCCAAUCUCAGUGGUGUACUCUGUUCUUGCCUUGACUGCUUCCUCGACGGAGGAGACCUCUACCUCUUCGAUUACGGUGUCAAAAAAGUUGUCUUGAUGGCCAAGAUCAGAAGCGGCACGUGCACAACAGCACCUACGGAUGCUUCUGAACAAGUCAUUGCGCGUGCCAAUUAUCUCUUAUUGCAUAAUUGUUUUGGUAAUUACCACACUUUCGAGAACAAUUGUGAAGAUUUUGCAAUAUACUGUAAAACUAGUUUGUUGGUCGGUGAAAACUAUCUGUUGGGAAGGACCGGUCAGGCUAGUUCGGUCAGUGCAACUUCGAUCGCUACAAACAUGAUUAGUGGUUUUGAUGUGUGGGGUAUCAGAAGUGUUAUCCGUCUCUAUAAGGACAUUGGUGUGAGAAAGGAUGCUGCUAAGGUGCCUGUCGAGAUCCUGCGUCGGGCAAAUGCAAGAGAAGGCUAA